AAGCCAAUACUCGUGGAGCCGGUCGAGUCGCUCUAUUGGCUAGAUGAAGGUGACCCUCUCAGGCUAGACUGUGGCAUACAGAAGCGGUCUCCACUUGGCACAGUCUACUGGGAGCGUAACGGCAGCCCCUUGGGUGAAAAGACCCCAGUGGAUGUGCUUAUCGAGAAACAGGGCGACGUUCUUCAUUUCCAAAGCCUCCGUCCAGAGCAUGACGGUGUGUACCAAUGCGUUGUGGCUGUGGAUGGCUUCACCGAGAAGUUUGCCAAUAAAAACAUCACCGUUCGCGUUAAAGGUGAGUGA